AUGGCGUUCAACCCGUUCCUGAGUCGUCCCGAUCUGGCACUUCUGCCCUUCAUGGGUCAUCUACCUACUCUACCGGGGGCUCCGGGAUUCUUUCCCCGUCUACCACCUGAUUUACCGGACAUGCGAACCCGGAAUGACGACGACGGUGUGCAGGAUGAUCCACAGGUCGAACUGGACGACAAGGAGCUCUGGAACUCGUUUAAUUCUUGUGGCACUGAAAUGGUGAUUACCAAAAGUGGGAGACGCAUAUUCCCGGCGUUUCGUGUGAAAAUCAGUGGACUCGACAAGAAGAGCAAGUACAUCUUCUUAAUGGAUUUAGUACCUGCUGAUGAGUGCCGUUAUAAGUUCAACAAUAGCAGGUGGAUGGUCGCUGGCAAGGCGGAUCCUGAAAUGCCGAAGCGGAUGUACAUUCAUCCGGAUUCUCCGGCCACUGGUGAGCAUUGGAUGGCCAAAGGAGCCAACUUUCACAAGCUCAAGCUCACCAACAACAUCUCGGAUAAGCAGGGAUAUACCAUCCUGAACUCCAUGCACAAGUAUCAGCCACGACUGCAUAUUGUUCGAUGUGCCGAGAUCAUGAACCUUCCCUACUCAACAUUUCGAACGUUCGUCUUCAAGGAGACCGAAUUCAUCGCCGUGACGGCGUACCAAAACGAAAAGGUCACACAACUGAAGAUCGAUCACAAUCCGUUCGCGAAGGGAUUCCGAGAUGCUGGCGCAGGAAAGCGUGAGAAGAAGCGCCUUCUUCAGAAUCACGCUCGAGAACAGCUGUCGCCACGUUCGUCGUCUGCGCAUCCGUCCGAAGACGCUUCUGAGGACGACGACCCAGCUCCAAAAAAGGUCCGGGAGGAUCCGCCGCCGAAGACGUCCACACCUGUCUCCACUGCUGUAACUCCUUCCUGUCCUCCCCGAUUGCCUCCACAAAUGUUUCCCUUUGCUUUCCCUUCCGAUAUGUUCUAUCCUACUCCGGAUAUGAUAUCCCAGUGGCAGGCAGCGUUGUUACGACCUCCACUGUUACCCCCUACUAUUAGUCCGGCCGUCGUGCCACCAGCUCCCCGAAAAGGCGGAUUCGAUGUUUCUGAUCUCUUGUCUAGACCAUGA